AUGCCUUUAAAAUUGAGAGAUUUGUUUAGUGAAGACUUAGAUCGAGUUUUCGCUUACAGGACACAACGAUUUGUGGUCAUUAAAGACUUCUGGCUGGGAUGUGCACAUAAGGUCAUUCAGAUUGUAAUCAUGAUCUAUGUUAUUGCUUAUGCUAUCAUUUGGAAUGAGGGAUAUAUAAAAAGAGAGUUUGCAACUGGAACCACAAUGAUUGCAAAGGAUGGCGGAGAGAUCAUUAUUAGUUAAAAUAAUUAAGAAAUGUAUUUUGAUUACACUCAAGUUAUGCAACCGGUUGUAGAUUCGAAAGGAUUCUUUUUCGCAACUAAAAUCACUGCUAAUGAAGAAUAACAGCAAGGAAUAUGCUCUAAUAAUAGAUAAUGCCAAGAUGAUUCAGAUUGCUCAAGAUAGCUUAAAGGAAAGUGUAAUGAUGGAUUUUGCCAUGAAAUGGGUUGGUGUGCAGUUAGUAAUAAGACUGAUAAAGAAAUAUUCUAUACGAAUCCUAAUGUAUUUACGGUAUGGUUCAAAGGUUCAGUAAACUUCCCUGAACUUGGAAAAAAACUAGUUUAGUAAAUAUAGUUAUCCUUUAUUCUUAAAAGCACUAAUUUAGAUCUCGAGAAACCAAGAAGAUACCCAAAAUCACAGGCUAAUCAAUUUUCGAUUGCUGAGCUUCUCAAACAAAUACCUGAGGAUCAGCAAGUAGAUUACGAUACUUUCAAAGAUAAUGGUGCAAUUAUUCAUGGUAUAAUAACGCAAGUAGAUUAUCAGUCUAAAAUUAACAAACUUAAGGAGUUAAAUCUAACUUAAUUCAAUAUAACUCCUGAGUUCGAAGGCUACCAAACAACUGAGUAUUAAUAUUAUCGAGAUGCCAAAAAUGGUCCUCUCAAGAGAAUUUCAUACACCAAAACAGGCAUUAAAUUCUUUGUGGAAACUAAGGGAGUUGGGAAAAAGUUAGCUGUAGCAUCAAUAAUUCUUUAAUUGUCACUUGGAAUGGCACUGAUAAAGAUUAAUGUUCUAAUUCGUGAGAUUUAUGCCAGAGAGAAAUUUAUGAAGACUGAAGACUUCAGUGAUUUUGACCUUAGAAGAAGAUAAGAAGAAGAAGAUAAAGAAAGAAGACGACUGAGAAGACUGAGAAGAAAGCAGUAGCAGCGCAAUAGUAAUAAAGAAGAAGAUGAAGAUAUCUUCUUAUGA